CUUCCCCCAACGAUGCGUGCGCAGUUUUAAGAAUAUUAGCGUGAUAAAAUAAUUUCAAAAUGCCGCCACAAAUAUCAACAAAGAUUUACAUUGGUAAUUUACCAGAAACAUGUCGAAGAGUGGAACUUCAAAAGAUGUUUGAACUUUAUGGAAAAGUUAUUGAAUGUGACAUAGUUAGAAACUAUGCCUUUGUACACUUUGAAAAUCCAGAUGAAGCUAAAAUGGCACAAGCAAAUUUAGAUGGAACAGAUUUUGAAGGUUCAAAACUGAAAGUUGAGUUAUCACACAGCAAAGUAAGACAAAAACCAGGUAUGGGUGGUAAAGGUGAAUGCUACAGAUGUGGAAAAGAAGGCCAUUGGUCAAAAGAUUGUCCCAAGGGUCCGAUUUCUAACGAUAGAUCAAGACCUAAAGGAGGAGCACCAAUGAGAGACAUGUAUCCCAGAGAUCCUUAUCCUAGAGACCCCUAUGAUGCUUACUACAGAGACAGAUACUUGCCUCCUCCACCAAUGGACAGAUUUGAUAGAUACAGACCAUAUCCAGAUCCUUAUGACAGACGACCUCUGCCUCCUGCAAGGGAUCCACGGGAUCCAUUUAUGAGAGAACGAGACCCAUACGCAAGACCACCUCCAGAGUAUUAUGGAGCAUCAGGAGGAAGAAGGUCCCCAGUUGCACCGGCACCACUUCCUACAAGGGAUCCAUACUAUGACCAUUACUAUGAAAGACGAACAAACUAUCCUAUUCCACCACCACCGCCGGGAACCACUCGCAUGUCGCCACCUAGAAGUCGCAUUCCGGCACCAUAUUGACUGUCGUAGCGGGAGAGAAUGCGCGGAUGAAUGUGAUUAAGGAGAAAGACUUGACAGCGGAUAAUCGUGUAUUCAUGAAGACGGAAAUGGAUUAAAGUCGCAAUUAUUGUAAUAUAUCGCCUUUCAUGACAUUAAUGUAAUUAUCGUGUUAUCAGAAAUUUUACACAUCUUUUAAAUGGAGUGUACAUAGAAGUCAUUGGUUACAUUUUUAUGAAUUCAUAUUGUCGCUAUGUAUCAUCGGAAUAAAUUUGUCUCGUGA